AUGGCGACAUCCUCAGAUAGGUCAGAAUCGUCCGAUGAAGAAAUGAUAGGAUCCGGAAGAACAUGGAUAUUGAAUGCUGAGGUAGAAUCAGUAAGAGAGGAAGAUGCAGAAAGAGAAGAAGAAGAUGAUGAUGACAUGGAUGAAGACGAAGCACCCAAUAACCAAACAUCUAAUGCUGGAGUUCACGAGGGUAAUAGUUCGACUUCAGCUAGCAGGGAAGGCUCCAAUAUUGUGAUAACGUUAACUGACCCAGGACUGCUUGAUUGCCCAAUUUGCUUUGAACCCUUGACCGUGCCUGUCUUUCAGUGUGAUCAAAAUGGGCAUAUAGCUUGCUCCUUGUGCUGCACCAAAAUUAAUAACAAAUGCCCCUCUUGUUCAGGCCCCAUUCGCUCUAAUCGUUGCCGGGCCAUCGAGAAAGUUCUGGAAUCAAGUAGAACUCCAUGCCAAAAUAUCAAGUAUGGCUGCAAUACUCCGGUGACUUACAACAAGAAGAAUGAACAUGAGAAGGCGUGUGUAUUUUCGCCUUGCGCAUGCCCUUAUGUAGGCUGCAAUUUUGUAUCUUCAACCAACGAGUUAUACCGACACUUCAGUAAUGGUCAUUUGGAUUCGGCAACAGGUUUCCUGUAUGACAACGUUGAGCUUGAUUUCAGUUUCCCAGUUACAUUGAAUAAGAGUGAUAGCUUUCUUGUUGUUCGAGAAAAGCAUAGAGGUACACUAUUUAUCCUCCACAAUAGUAUUGAAGUUCUGGGAAAUGUUGUGACGGUUAGCUGUAUUAAACCUAGCUGCUUAAUGGAGGAUUUCAACUAUUAUCUUUCUGUUACUAACAAGGAAAGCAGUCUCACAUUUUGGUCGGUGACAAAAAGCACUCCAAGCCUGCAGGUUAAUGGCUCUCCUUCAAGAAGUUUUCUUUUAAUCCCAUGUGAGUUUUUCAACUCUUGUGGUCAGGUCAAGAUUGAUGUUUCCAUAUACAAGGGAGUAUGA